AUGCGUCUCUCAAGCCUCCUCCUCCCUCUCCUUCCCCUCGCCCUCGCCAACCCGAACCCAAACCCAAACCCAAACCCAGUGGCCGCACCAGCUCCCCAAUCUACAGGCGGCCUCCUCUCCGACCUCCCUACCAUCCUCAACGGCGUCAAAGAGCUCUUAAGCGAGGACACCCUCAACGACCUCCAAACCAUCGUCAAAGGCGGCGCCGUGCUCCUGGGCGGCGACAACCCGUCCAACAUCGCCAAGUUGCUCUCAGGCGAUAACGUCAACAAACUCCAGGAUGUGAUUGAUAACGCGCACUCGCUGUUGACACCCACAUUUGUGAAUGAGACAUCGACCUUAAUUGGGGAUGCGACGCCGCUGGUUUCGGCUGUGGAGAAGUUGCUGGGUGGGUUGUUGGCGUCGUUGACGUAG